AUGGCCACCUCCGCAACCUCUGGCACCAAUUCUACACCUAGAUGGGGUAGGUCUGGCGAACCAGGAAGUGCUUUCAGUGGUCUAAGUAGGAAUGGGCGCGGAAGAGGGCGUGGUGGAGCCAGAUCAGGGCGCGGUGGAGGCAGCGGCCGUGGAGGUGAAGGUGGAGGUGGAGGUCCUUCUAGCAAGGAUUCAAAGCCUGACGAUGACCACAAGUCAAACCCAAAGACUGAUACUCUCCAAGUUCCAUCCUCGGCCGCCUCCAAACCUUCCGGAUCAUCGUCCCAUUCAGCUUCCCCCUCUAUCCCCGAAAAAUCGAUCACCUCUUCUCCUUCUUCCAAAUCUGCAAAGCCACCUUCUCGGCGAGCGUCGCGGGCAAUUCCUUCAGCUCUCACAACCCAGAUACAACCUACAGACGUACCAGCUCCACCAGCUUCUGCAAAGCCGUCCCACAGUAAUAGACGAAAACGGUCCCAAACUGGAAAGUCCAACUCUGUAAUCCCACCGAAAAUCAACCCUCCAGCACCAAAUGAUAACCUUCUUCGCCCUAACAAACCUCUUCUGGGUCCUGUACCUCAUACUGCACCAGUUAAAGAUGCCCCUCCCCAUAUGAGCCAAAAGCCAGACAUUCGUAACGAUAUCGAUGCCUUGGUCGAGCGUGUUAGAGCCGUCGCCAUGGAUCACAACCGGCCUAGCACCCCAGGGAGCCACAUAGAUUGGGCUGGCGACGACGACGACAGCUUACCUGACUUGGAUGAUUGGGGUGUCAACCCGGCCACUUUCAAAGCCCAGAAAGCAGAUGUUAUCUCUCCCAUCAUCGUUGAUGGUCUGAGGCCAUUACCCGAUCUCACUUCCCAAUCAAUCCCUAAUAGUCCAUUAAAACAAGUUCAAAAUAUUGUGACAAAUCAAGACCACCCCGCCAAAACAGAACCGGACAAAGUGAAUACCGACCCGUCAACACAGGACGCCAGUGCUGAUUCUGAUUCCCAUUCAAUAUCCAAGGAGCCUGAAAAACCUGUUCUUCCCAAAGUCGUCGAGCCGGUAGCCAAAGAGAAACCCGCUUCACCAGUAAUCUCGAACACAUCAAAGACUGCUCCUAAUAACAUGAUUUCCACCAGCAAAAAACCAAUUCACCCAUCCUUGCCGUCCAAACCUCUAGUUGCAUCCUCGUACGUACCCCCCAAAUUGCGGCCUGGAGCCACGCCUAUGAGGAAUACUCCAUAUCCUAGAUCUCCUAUCAAUCCAACCUCUUCGGACAAGAAACCAGAUUCGAAAUCCGAUGUCAACUCCACUAUUUCGAAAGAGGCUCCACAUGUUGAAUCAGUCCCCGAGAAAGAGGUUCCUGCACCUGUUGAGCAGCUAGCAGCAAACGAUGAACCAGUUGAUAAACCUGCAACUCCCAAACCUCCAAUAGCACCAGAACCCGAAGUCUGUGCACCUGCAGAACAACCCAAAUCCUCGUCACCAGAACAGGCAAGUAAAGCCGGAAAGGCGGAGCCAGUUUUCGAGGGCCUUUCGGCUUCCAUCCAUGCACCCAAAGCCAUGUCCGACUCUGUCUCCGCUCCUGCCAACAUCUCUACCUAUCCUGACCUCCCUACUCCCAACACAUCCCUGCACGGUUUCACACACACACGGGCUCAUACUGUCGGUCGCCCUCCAUCGUUCUCAAAAUCACCACAGGGAGAAUAUAUUCCGCGGUUCUCUCGUUCGGGUCACUCGACGCCUCGAGGAGGUGGUAGCGGAGGUGGAGGAGGAUUCCAUGACUCUUACCAUAAUCGAACGCAUUCGACGCCACCUGCGGGCGCGAUGGCAAACCACCUGCGCACACCUCCUUCUUCGCGGCCUGUCAUUACUGGAGACGCGAUUUCACGCCUGGCAAGGACCAUUGGAAGGACGGGGGCAUCCUCGUCUUCGUCCUCAAAACCUCCACAAUCCGUCCCCCUUGCAGAGUGA